UAAUUAAUUUAACAACUAAAAUCUAAGAUUGAUUGAGUCUGCAUUAGAUUUUCGCUAGAACCGCUGUAACCAUGGCAACUGUAGGUAUGAUCAAAAUUUGUUAUAUUUUUCGUUCUACUGAAGAUACAAAGAUGUCUUUCCCCACUGCAGUUUUUCCGGAAGAAAUCGAUUACCUUAUCGAUAGUUUGCGUCGGUUCCAAGUAUAUGAUGUCGGUACAUCAAGAUGGUUCGACCAGAAUGAAACAAUAAUGAAACUUACACAACAAGCAUACAUUGAGGCUUGCUCAGAUCAAGAGGAGGUGGUCAAGGAUCGUAUAAAGGUUGAAGGAAAGCUACCAUUAUUGGUACAUGAAAUUCAUUGCAUUUUGGUAUGGAAAAAUAAACUCCUUCCAAUCUUAUUAAAAGAAGACAAAUUAGAGGCAUCCUUCGUACUGUACAGCGUGCUAUAUUAUGAAUUAACCAUUGUCACGUUGUUAGAAACCAUAUUAUUCCAUAGAGGCACAUGCGAAGCUCUCAAUGAAAGUGCUUUAGAUUUGACUGAUUACUGUGCUCAAGUUGUAGGACUCCUGAUUGGUUUAAGCUAUGAUAAUAAACAAACUGUUAGUGAGCAGUCAAACGGUACACUCAACGAAUCAGCAAGAGAAGAAAUCGAACGUUUGAAACGGGACGUAGAUUUUAAGAUUGGGUUAAAAUGUUUGACUAUCCUCAGUUAUCUAACAAAUAACAUUAUGGUGCUCCCACUAAGCACUAAAAAUCGUUUAACACGAGUACAUGAUAUACCAUGCUUGAUCGCGGAAAUUUUACAUGUCAAGCCUUGGAUAAGAAGACGCAAUGGUAUCGAAAAAUUCAUAGACGAUGGUUGGAUAUCUACUUGUGGGAAUGAUAUUCUGAAAGUAACCAAGCAUGAAGCUCAAAGUUGGUUUUGUUUGUUUAGUGUGCUCUCGAACAACGACAUUAUGGAAGAUUAUAACAUAAACGAAUUUCGACAAGAACAAAUCGGGAAAUGCCUAGGGCUGCUGAAUGAGUGUAUCCUAGAUCAGCUUCCAGCGCUAGUUCAACUUAAACAAAUACUCAGCACAUUAAAAAUGCAAAGAACAAAAGGAAGAGGACAUGGUGGGUUACUUUUGGAAGAAUUGCCGGAAAUCAAAAAUGAUAUUUUAAAUGAAGCUGGAAAAUAUGGUUGGAGCAAGAUUAUUGAAACUCAUAAACGAACAUUCAUAGAGCUACCACAAGAAGAAAUUUCUGAUAUUGCUAAAAGACUAUAUUCAGCAUACAAUACAGGCUUAAUGGAAAUAUUUGCAUAUCAAGACAAGAAAUCGUCAUAUAAAUUUUGUGAAGUUUGCAAGAAAUCGGCGGAGAAGAAAUGUUCUAAGUGCGAAUGCAUAUUCUACUGCUCACGUGAAUGCCAGGUUUCUGAUUGGACUCGUCAUAAGAAGCAAUGUCAUCAUCUAAAAAUCGUUUAAAACAUGUUAGUCGCGUUUGGAUCGAUAUUUUUAUAUUAUUCAAUAUGCCAUUAUCACAACAUAUUUAGCUUGACUGUCUAAGCUGCUUCAAAUGCUCUUUGAUAACAUCAUGAGCAGGAGUUUCCUCACCGUAUGCCUGAAAUAGAUUUUUUUUAGUAGAAUCAAACAAGACAUUCCAGUUUUUGAAAUUUUACCUUAAGCACAACACAAGAAGCACCGGAAAUCUUACGUGGUUUGCCCUCCUUAUCGAUCUUGCAUAGGCCAGACCAUUCCCCGAGUUUCUUGUUUGAGUCAACUCGAAUCAGGGGAAUUUGAUGUUCAUUGCAAAGAGCAGUAAUCAAAUUUUUGUAUUUGGGCUCGUCACAGCUUUCAGCAAGAAUGCACAGAACCGCCUGUCUUUUAUCAAGAGCUUUGCAAGCUUCAUGAAGACCGUGAACUAAUCCAUCCGCGAUCAAUGACUUUUUCAGCACUUCCUGGAGUGCUGUAUUUAUGUCCAUCUGACCAUCAAUAGCAGCAACGGGAGUAUCUCUGCAUCAUAUUUUUGAAGUUAAUAUUUAUAUUCCAUAAACUUAAAUCUGAAUUGUUAUACUUACACUUCAAUAU